AUGGGCGGUGGGUUCUACCACGAAGAACCUGUAGCAAUUCCAGCAAGUAUAAAAAAGCUGAAAAAGCUACAAACUUUGUGGGGUGCAGACUUUUCUAGGUACAAAUUUCCUAGAGAAAUUUGUGAGCUAGAAGAUUUGAGACAUAUAAGAUUUCAUAAAGGGGGUUUCAAGAUUCAAAGCAACCAAACAAAGCUCCAGACUGUAGAUACUAUAAAAUAUUCGGAUUGGAUCCAGAUUGAUACCGUCAAUUUGUUGGACCUCCGUGCUCUGUCUAUAACAUCAGUAGAAGGGGAAGAAGUAUCGGAAGAAGGAACUGCUUACAGUUGGGAGUCCAUAGCCAAGUUAACAAGUCUAGAAACUUUCAAUUUCUACUUUUCUCACUAUUUAAUGAUUCCAUCAAUUAGACCGCUGUCAUAUUGCGAAAAUCUACAGAGUGUCUGCUUGUCAGGUCCAAUAAAAGAUCCAUCAGAGUUGAGAUUUUUACCGGAGUCUGUCACAAAUUUAUCAUUAUCAAAGACCAAGUUCACACAAGACCCGAUGCCCACUUUGGCAAGUUUGUCAAAUAUUACCGCCCUUGACUUAGGCGAGGGGACGUACACAGGGGAGAAAAUGGUCUGCAGUGAUAAUACAUUUCCAUGUCUUCAAUUUUUGAAACUAGUAGGGCAUCCUAAUCUGAAAGAGUGGCAUGUCGAAGAUGGAGCUAUGCCUUCUCUCAGAGGUCUUUAUAUAGAUGAUUGUGAUAAUAUGAUGAUUCCCGAACGACUAAAUUGUGUUCCUCCUACACCCGAUUUCACUGAGCUGAUCUACGAAAAGAAGAAAAGAGAGAUUGUGGCUCAACAUGCUCGAGAGCUGCUCGAGGGAUAUUUGAUGCGUUCUCCCACCGGAGAAACCACUUUCAUAUUGCGAAAAUCUCCAGAGUCUCUGCUUGGCAGGUCUGAUAAAAGAUCCACAGAGUUGAGAUUUUUACCGGAGUCUGUCACAAAUUUAUCACUAUCAGAGACCAAGCUCACACAAGACCCGAUGCCCACUUUGGCAAGUUUGUCAAAUCUUACUGCCCUUGACUUAGGCGAGGGGAUGUACACAGGGGAGAAAAUGGUCUGCAGUAAUAAUACGUUUCCAUGUCUUCAGUUUUUGAAACUAAUAGGGCAUCCUGAUAUGAAAGAGUGGCACGUUGAGGACGAAGCAAUGUCUUGUCUCAAAGGUAUUUAUAUAGAUGAUUGUGAUAAUUUGAUGAUUCCCGAACGACUAAAUUGUGUUCCUCCUACACCCGAUUUUACUAAGCUGAUCUCUAUAAAGGAAAAAAAAGGAAAAAGAGCUUCUAGGGCGAAAGAUUCAGGCACAGGCUCAAGUUAUGCGGGCUGUUUAUUUGUUCCAGGCUGCUUCGUAGAGAUUCUUGCAAUGACAGACGAGCAUUAG